UCUGAGGCAAAAGUUAAGUAACACAUUUCAGGUGUGUUAAAGCAGUAUAUAAGGAGGAGCAUGUCCCCCUGAACCUCUACUGAAGACAGUCACAAUGAUGUUCGUGAUCUUGGCUUUGUUUGUCGCUGGCGCCUACGGGUGCGGCGAGCCCUCCUUCCCUCCCGUCCUCAGCAGGGUGGUUGGUGGAGAGGAUGUCCGUGAGCACAGCUGGCCCUGGCAGGUGUCUCUGCAGUACAAGAGUGGCAGCAACUUCUACCACACCUGUGGUGGAACCCUGAUCUCCAACCAGUGGGUCCUCACAGCUGCUCACUGCAUCGGCAGUCGCACCUACAGAAUGUACCUGGGCAAACACAACCUGAAGAACAACAAUGAGGCCGGCUCCAUCGCCCCUGGUCCCGCCAAGAUUGUUGUCCACGAGAACUGGGACUCCUACAGAAUCCGUAACGACAUUGCUCUGAUCAAACUGGCAACUCCCGUUACCUUCUCUGACUCCAUCAUGGCUGCCUGUCUUCCCAACUCUGGAGAAACUCUGCCUCACGAUGCUCCCUGCUACGUCACCGGCUGGGGUCGUCUCUGGACCGGAGGUCCCAUUGCUGACAACCUGCAGCAGGCCCUCCUCCCCGUGGUUUCCCACUCCGUUUGCAGCAAAUAUGACUGGUGGGGCAGCCUGGUCACCACCAACAUGGUCUGUGCUGGAGGAGAUGGAGAGCUGGCUAGCUGCAAUGGUGACUCUGGUGGUCCCCUGAACUGUCAGAAUCCUGAUGGCAGCUGGGACGUCCAUGGUGUGGUCAGCUUCGGCUCUAGCAUGGGCUGCAACUACCCCAAGAAGCCAUCUGUCUUCACCAAGGUCAGCGCCUACAUCUCCUGGAUCAACAACGUGAUGACCAGCAACUAAGGUGUGGAGAGGUUAGAGUUGGUGCAUGUUUUGCACUAGAACAUCAAAUAAAAAAUGUAAUCGAUCAUA